AAUAAAUUUUUUUAUCAACAUCUUUAAUAUUUUAAUUCGACAAUCCUUUCUCUUAAUCACCCAAAACCAUUAAUUGGACAUCCCAAAUUGCAACGGGGGAUGGAAGAAGAAGUCAGGACCAGUGUAAUGUUAUGCACCUUUCCUAGGGGCCUGAGUCCAAGUAGCAGCCCACAUGUGAAUGGUUUGGGGCUUUGUUGCAAAUAGGGCCCAACAAAAGGUUUUACCUACGCCGGCCUGAUCAGGUGAAUUUGGAGUCUUUUGUCCUGGAGUGGAUCAGGGAUGAGUCUGUAUCAGCUGGCUAUUACUCUGCAUGGUAGUUGUGAACUGUACCGAUGUUUUGCCCUCAGGAAACGAGUCCUAUCAAGCAAAAUAAAGAUUUUUUUUUUUUUGACAAAAAGAAAAAACCAGAGAUGCCUCAGGGAACCGGACCUCCAAAUGAAUGCAAAUGGGAUCUUUCAAGUAGAACGAAGAAACUUUUAUAGGUACUAUGAAAUUAAAGAAGUUAUGACCAAGAAAAAAAAAAAACUCAUGAAAUUAGAUGGAAAAAACCAGGAGGUAAGAGAUUGCAUAUCUUCUCUAUUAUUGCAUACCACAUUGCCUGCAAUUAUUGUCUUUCUUUUUCCUUGCGGAUGGGACCUUAAAUUCCAAAUGAAGGGAAGAGAAUUCU